AAACGUCAACCGCCCGCGAAGGAUAGUUUUUUUUUUUGCAAACUACGCGACGAAACAGAACGAGACUCUCAAAUCGAAUCGCGUCGCGACGAGAGCAAAACGGUAGAAAAGGUGUUAUCCAUUUUUCAGUGCGAUUUUGGUGCAAUCAAUCGGAUUAAUUCAAAGGUAAAACCAGUGCUAAUUGGUGCAUCUCGACGAGUGUCACCCCAGCUUACGGUUGCCGAUAGGUGUUCGCCACCGUCCGAAAGAAAGAGGCUCGCGUACAACACUUUGAGUUUGAACAUCGCCCAGGCAUCGGCGGGACAGGACAGAAUAUAGGAGGAACGCGUGAAAGAAAGAAGCGAGAAUCGAAUAUAUCGACGAAGACAACAACUUUGAUGACGAUAACAUUGUUAUUCGGCAGGGGAUUUGUGUGCUGGUGACCUGCUGCUGCUUACUACUAUACCAUACUUCUACUUCUGGGUGCUCACAGUUCCUGUUACGUACCGUUUGUUAUAGUACUUACGACGGACGGGAAGAAAAAAGUUACGAAGUGCUGUUAAAAAUAAGCUUCCUGAUCCCGUGGUUCAAUAAGUACGAAAAGUACGAAGAGAAGAGUGAAGCUCUUACACACAAGUGGGGCGAAUAAGAAAAUUGCAUCGUAGUCGUGUGGUUGUAGUUCGUGGUCGUGGCCAUCGUACGUAAUCUCGUAACAACCCAUCAGUGGAACACAGAGAAGCGAAAAAAGGCAGGGUAGUGGGACCAGAACAAGGAACUGCGAAAAAACAACAGAGUGGGAUUCCUCCCAAGUCCCAACACCGCAGACUGCAGCGGGCCAUUUGCUGUAUCGGAAUCGGAAAGGAUUUGCCAUCGGAACACAGGGAGAUUGUACGCCUUUCUAGAUAGAUUACGAUUCCCGGUAGCGAACGUUUCUUUUUGGGAAAGGUGUGACCCACAACCGCCAGAAUCAAUGGUAAUUGCAGUGUGAGGAGAGGACCGAACAGCAUCGUUUUGAACUACUCACAAGAAGCUACGAGAUGGGUGCGUUUCUGGAGAAACCGAUGACGGCUAAGCACAACGAGCAUGGCGAGGGAAACGGACUUCGAUACGGUGUGGGAUCGAUGCAAGGAUGGCGAUGCGAGAUGGAAGAUGCCCACUACGCCAAAACCGGACUUGGCGAAGGAUUAGACGAUUGGAACUACUUUGCCGUGUUCGAUGGACAUGCGGGACACAAAGUGGCAGAUCACUGUGCGAAGAAUCUGCUACAGUCGAUCGUUCGGACACAGGAAUUUAGCAAUAACGAUAUCACAAAAGGUAUUCACGCUGGGUUUCUCAAACUGGACGAAACCAUGCGAGACAUUCCGGAGCUGGCAUCCGGAGCGGAUAAAUCCGGUACCACCGCAGUCUGUGCAUUCAUUUCCAGCCAGAACAUCUACAUAGCAAAUUGUGGUGAUUCGCGAGCGAUCCUGUGUCGUAAUUGUGCACCGAUAUUCUCCACCCAAGAUCACAAACCGAUACUGCCCGGCGAAAAGCAGCGAAUUCAGAAUGCUGGUGGCUCCGUUAUGAUACAGAGGGUAAACGGAAGCCUGGCAGUGUCACGAGCGCUAGGGGAUUACGAUUUUAAGAACGCCAAGGAAUUGGGCCAGUGCGAACAACUGGUUUCACCUGAGCCGGAAAUCUUCUGCCAAGAUCGGGAUCCUGCGGAUGAGUUCCUGGUGCUUGCCUGCGACGGUGUGUGGGAUGUGAUGAGCAAUGCCAAUCUGUGCCAGUUUGUGCACAGCCGGAUGCAGAUCUCCGACAGUCUCGAAGACAUUGCUAACCAGGUCAUCGAUACCUGUCUACACAAAGGAAGCCGCGACAAUAUGAGCAUAAUCAUCAUUGCAUUCCCCGGCGCUCCGGUGCCCAACGAAGAAGCUAUCAAAAAGGAAGAGAAGCUGGAAGCGACGCUGUACCAGAUGAUCGAGGCCAUUAUCGCCGAUAUGGGUUCGAACGUGAAGUACAGUGUGCUGUUAAAGCAACUGAGCGAGGAGGACAUUCCGGAUUUACCACCGGGCGGAGGGCUCGACGCCAAGUGUUCAUACGUGUCGAAAGUUUUCAAGGAGCUGUGCCCGAAGCUGGCCGAAUCUUGCGAGAUUGACGCAGCAAAUCACCCGUCCUCCGAUGCAGUGUCGCUGAUUCCAGAGUUGUUCGAGGGAACGAAUUAAAUAGGUUUAUGUCGUUAAAUUGUGGUUUUGUAUUUUGCUCAAAAUAUAUGAUCGAAGCGUUCUAUUCCAAUCUAUUGUACAGCCUCUUAAAAUAAAAUGAUAAAUCAAGCAGCCAAAAACCGCCAACAAAGUACAUCAUCAUCAAUGUCUGUAUAAACUCACACAUAGAAGAAACCCAAGUAACGCUCGGCAGAUAAUACGAAACGUAAAGAACAUUAACUUUUGGAUAAAUCAUGUUAGCUCGUUCAUACAAAGAGUACCACACGCUAAUGAAUGACGAAAAAUAAUUGGAAAAAUGAAGAAAAGAAGAAGUAAUGCAGCAUAACUAUGAACAUUGUGAAAACAUUGAGUAAAAUUGCCACAUAGGAACAUUAUCCUCAUCAACAAGCCAACAAAAGCAAAAGUAGCAUUCAAUUUCAUGGAAUGUGUAAGAAUUUUAUUUUUUCGUAGAACACGUGUAAAAUUUGAUGGAUUUGAUCGCGUUUACUUAAUAAGGAUAAAGAGAAAGAGAGAUAGAAUAUAUGAUGAUGAAAUUAAGAUUAUAUAAGAGCAUAAUGAUGUACCCGAAAACGGAAACAUUCUCAUGUGGGAGAUGCAAAAGUGAAUUAAUUUAAACAAGCAAAAAUGUGGUGUUUGACUUGAUAAUGGGGGAAAAUCCUGCAGAAUCGGAAAGGGAAUGAGAACUUCAAGUGGUUAUUUAUGACCUGUUCAGAUGCCCGUCUGCCAUACCCAUCUGCAAAAACAAAUCCAUAAGUUUAUACUCGCGCGGUUUAUGAGUUAUGUGAAAAGAGAACCUCCGCAAAAGAUGAAACUGAAAAACACACGGUAAAUAUCUCAGGUAAUUCCACCUGAACGUUCCAUCGCGUCGGAGUUAUUUUCCUGAAUCCCCCCGAACAGAUAGCUAUAGAAGUAUCUGCACUUAAUGGGCGGAUAUCAAAAUGUAGAAUUUAGUACCUAUUUUCCUUUAGAUAUUUUCGAUACUUUUGUUGUUAGGUUUAGUUCAAAGUAAUGUUACGAAAUAGUUUAUACCUCGAUUUACCUACUUAAAGCAAAAAAGAAAAAAGAAACCGCAAGAAGUUGAGAAGGAACCUAGCAUACAGAAAAGCAGUAAGCAAAACAAGAAACGAUCAUAUGUAGCUAAAUGAGAUUUGAAUACCUGAUAUAUGCUUGGAAAUAAACCAUUAUAUCGUCUGCGUACACUCCAUACAUAUAAUAGAAUAAUUUGUUCAACGGGAAAUCGUGUAGAAAUAUCUACGUAACACUGCAAAAUAAAAAAAAAGAGAUAGAAACGAGUGUUGUUUGACUUGAGUGAGAGAAGUCACUAGCACUUCUUCGACCUUGUGCAUUCAGACCACACUGACUGAAGGCAGCAAGAAUAAGUUGUGAAAUAAAGAUCGUCAUCCCGAUCUGACGGUAAAUUUGAUGUGAAGAAACAAUGUGCCACGAGGCAUCGUUUAUGAAGCAUAAAUUCCCGUUUCCAACCAACAGAGAGAAACCAACAAAAACAAUAUGUAAGAAUCUGGUAUUUAUUAUUGAAAAAUCAAACUUGUAAAUGGACAAAUUGAACAAAAAUAGAGUUGGUGUUUUAUUACUAGA